AUGGCGGAAAAAAAGGGUUAUCAGAAAAUAGUUCUGUAUUCUUCAAUGGAAGACAUUGCACGGUUUAAGAUAGCUGUUGUCGGCGAUUGUUCGGUUGGGAAGACGUGUAUCAUUGGACGGUUCACUUCGAAGAACUUUGACAUGAGCUAUGACGCAACCAUCGGAACAGACUUUGUGACACAGUUGAUGGAAGUAGACAGCAAAAAGAUAGAGUUGCAAAUAUGGGAUACUGCUGGCCAAGAGAGGUACAGAUCUCUCAUUCCAAAUUACAUUCGGGGGUCUUCUGUUGUGCUUAUAGUGUAUGAUGUCAAUGACCGACAAUCAUUCAACAACGUUGAUAGUUGGAUCAAUGAAGUACCUGAAAAAGACUCAACGCUUGUGUACUUGGUUGCAAACAAAAUUGACAGUGACCAGCGCAAUGUUACCAAAGAAGAAGGAAUGAAAAAGUCGUAUCAAUUGAGCUCAAGGUUUAUUGAGACAUCUGCAUUGAAAGACAUAGGAAUUGCCGACUUGUUUGAAGAUAUUGCAACAAACCUUGCGCCUUUGAAACCUAAAAUAAAUGAAGACUCUCUGUCUAUUGACGAGACAACUGGAAAGGGCUGUUGUUAG